GCUGAUAGGGUCUAUUUUGACUGACGGACGUCAAGGGCGUUCAGGUAUUGAAGUGUCUUUGGCAAUUUCCUGGGCCAGUCGUACGACUCAGCAUUACAGUGCGAUUCACACUAGGCAGGUCUCAAAGUCAAAGCUGAAUAAUCAUAAGUUAUCCCCACGCUUGAGUCUCCCCGCGAGUCCACGGCCUCCUACAGAGAAAUCUCUCGCUCAAACCGUUCGGCGCAACACGUCAGGCUGGUGGCAGAUUUGCUAAAGUUUCUGCGGAGUACCGAUGUAGGAGACCUCGCAGCAAAACACUACGAUGGAUUCGAGCAAGAAACUCACGGGUGUCAAUCCUCGAGCUACAGCGAAUGUGGUCUCCAUUCUUGUUUUCUGGUGGAUAAAGGACUUGUUCCGUAAGGGACGUGGUAAAGACCUGGAGGUGGAAGAUCUUUAUGAUACCCUUCCGAAUGACAGGUCGCAGAUGCUGGGAGAUGAACUCGAAAAGUACUGGAAUAUGGAAACCAAGAAUGCAAAGGAAAAGAAUAGGAAACCUGAGCUGUUGCACGUAAUUGUGAAGACCUUCCGCCGGCUGUACUUCUGUGUUGGGCUCUUCCAACUUAUCUUCUGUGUUGUAUUCAAGGUAGCUCAACCAGUUUUCUUGGGAAAAUUGAUCCUUUUCUUCAACAAGAACACACCAGUAACCAAGAAUGAAGCUUAUAUGUAUGCAGGAGCACUCAUCCUCAGUACCAUCUGCUCCAUGAUUUUGAUUCAUCAUUCUUUCUUGGCUUGCCAGAAGAUUGGUAUGAGAGUACGAGUCGCGUGCUGCUCGCUCAUUUAUCGCAAGAUCCUGCGACUAAGUAAAUCAGCCCAAGGACAGACAGCAGCUGGCCAAGUAGUAAAUUUGCUUUCCAAUGAUGUGAACCGUUUUGACUUUGUCACCAUGUGGCUUCAUUUUAUAUGGAUUAUGCCAAUCCAAACAGUUGUUAUCACUUACUUCAUAUGGGAAGCCGUUGGUUGGUCAGCUCUCAUUGGUGUCCUUGCCAUAUUCCUUCAGACUGUCCCUGUACAAAGUUACUUGAGUAAGCUGACAUCAAAGCUGCGCUUGAAGAUUGCUGUACGUACUGAUGAACGUGUUCGACUUAUGAGUGAGAUUAUUUCUGGAAUUCAGGUGAUUAAGAUGUAUGCAUGGGAGAAACCUUUUGAGAAGAUGGUCCAGAUUGCUAGAAGGCAUGAAAUCAAAGUUGUGACCAGUGCUUCCUAUUUGCGUGGCUUGUUCCUGUCCACAAUGGUUUUUUCAGAGCGUACAUCACUUUUCAUCACCCUUCUUUCUUACUCACUCAUGGGGCACCAUAUUUCUGCUGACAAGGUGUUUGCCAUGGCACAAUUCUACAACAUCCUGCAGUUAUCAAUGGCUAUCUUCUAUCCACAGGCAGUACAGCUUGCAGCUGAGACAAAAGUCUCCAUAAAGAGGCUUGAGAAUUUCCUGCUUCUUGAAGAGAUGGAGAGUGUGUAUCAUGGGAAUAGCAAGAGGGCUUCUAUAAACCAUGCACAAGACCAGAAGCUGGGGGUCACUAUUAAAAAUGGUUGUGCCAAGUGGACACCCAAUUCCAUAGUUGAUACCCUAACCAACAUCAGUCUGCAGGUGAAGCCAGGCAAGUUCUGCGCUGUUAUAGGGCCUGUUGGCUCUGGAAAGAGUUCAUUGCUGCAGACAGUACUGGGGGAGUUGCCACUGUCAAAUGGGUCAGUCGUAGUGGGUGGUGAUGUUGCGUAUUGCUCACAAGAGCCAUGGCUAUUUGUUGGAACAGUGAGGCAGAACAUCUUGUUUGGACAACCAUACAAUGCAGAUAGGUACAAAGAAGUGAUACAAGUUUGUGCUCUGAAGAGAGAUCUGGAACUGUUCCCACAUGGGGAUAAAACUGUUGUUGGAGAGAGAGGAAUAUCUCUUAGUGGUGGUCAGAGAGCUCGCAUCAACUUGGCCAGAGCAGUGUACCGGAGCACUGAUGUAUACCUCCUAGAUGACCCACUUUCAGCUGUAGACACACAUGUGGGCCGACAUUUGUUUGAUAAAUGCAUUUCCACAUUCCUUGCCAACAAAACACGGAUUCUAGUCACACAUCAACUUCAGUACCUUCGUGAUGCAGAUUUGAUUGUCAUUCUCAACAACGGUAAAAUUGAAACCCAAGGAACGUACAAGGAACUGGUGGCUUCUCAAAUGGAUUUUGCUCGUCUUUUGACUGGGGGGGAUGAAGAAGCAGAGAAUAAGGGUACUCUGAGGAAAUUAAGUACUCAGCUGUCUGUUCAACCACUCUCUGAGGAGGAUGAAGAUGGAUCUGUAGAUGCUGAUGAGAAUGCUGAGCUGAUUGCCAAAGGAAAAAUGAAGACUUCUGUCUUCCUUAAGUAUUUCCAGUCUGGUGCAUCAUUCUUCACACUCAUCCUUCUGGUUCUCAUCCUUUUUGUUGGACAGAUGGCAUCCAGUGGAGCAGAUUUCUGGGUUACAUACUGGACAAACCAAGAAGAGUUACGGCGGUACUAUGAUGAUAAGGCUAUGCAAGAAGAUACAUUGAACUCCACUGACAAUCUCAUGCAGAAUGUUGGGCUCAAUACCACAUUUAUUGAUCAGCCUACAGAACACAGUCAAUUCACAGAAUUUCCAUUAUCAAAUUUCACAGACAGUAAUUCUCUGUCUUCAAAUUUCACAACAUUACUACCCUUCCUGUCUGAUAAAGGAGAAGCAUCAUUAAAUUCCACAAUACCAAAAUUGUUAGACACAGACACAGCCAUCUAUAUCUACACUACAUUUAUCUUGGGAAGUGUAUUUAUUACUUCAAUACGCUCCAUAUUCUUCUUUAAAGUGUGUAUGACAGCAUCUAAAAUUCUUCAUGACAACAUGUUUCGAUGCAUUUUGGCUGCAACAAUGAGAUUUUUUGACACCAAUCCUUCAGGUCGUGUACUUAACAGAUUUUCCAAGGACAUGGGUGCAGUGGAUGAGCAACUUCCAAAGGCGAUGUUAGAGUGCAUUCAGGUGCUACUGGUGAUGACUGGAAUUCUGACCAUGGUAAUCAUAGUCAAUUAUUGGCUCCUAAUACCUUUGGUUAUAAUGGGUUUCCUCUUCUACAAGGUGCGUGGGAUAUAUGUGGCAACAGCACAAGAUAUUAAACGGCUUGAAGGCACCACUCGGAGUCCAGUGUUUUCUCAUGUGUCUGCGUCUCUCAAUGGUCUGUCCACAAUCCGAGCAUCCGAAGCUCAGGAAAUGGUUUGUAAAGAAUUUGACAGUCACCAGGAUUUGCAUACAUCAGCAUGGUUUCUUACACUUGAGACAAGCACUGCAUUUGGCUUCUGGCUUGAUUGCAUCAGCGUGGCAUUCACGGCUGUAGUGUCACUCAGUUUCCUGGUUCUCAACAUUGACACAUUUGGUGGUAACGUUGGCUUGGCUAUAUCUCAGUCUCUCAUCCUGAAUGGGAUGCUACAGCAUGGUAUGAGACUCACUGCAGAAGUUGUAAAUCAGAUGACUUCAGUAGAACGAGUCCUUGAAUACACGAAGAUUGAAAAGGAAACAGAUCUUGAGACACAUCCAGAUCAAAAGCCACCAACUGGUUGGCCAGCAAAUGGCAAGAUUCAGUUUGACCAUAUGAAUCUGAAGUAUUCUUCAACUGACCCUCCAGUACUCAAGGACCUUAACUUCACCAUACAGCCUGCACACAAGGUAGGAAUCGUUGGUCGCACUGGUGCAGGAAAAUCAUCACUCAUAUCAGCAUUGUUUAGGCUAGCCCGCCUAGAAGGAAAUAUCAUAAUUGACAAUAUUGAUACAGCAAAACUUGGCCUGCCAUACUUGCGCAGUCGUCUUUCAAUUAUUCCACAGGAACCAGUUUUAUUUUCUGCAACUCUACGAGACAAUCUUGAUCCUUUUCAUGACUUCCCUGAUGAUGUACUUUGGAGAUCUCUUGAGGAUGUUGAGUUGAAAGAGUCUAUGAGUAGCUUAGAUUUAUUUGUCAAUGAGGGUGGAAGCAACUUCAGUGCUGGACAACGGCAAUUGGUGUGCCUGGCUCGUGCCAUUAUCAGGAACAGUAGGAUCUUGGUCUUGGAUGAAGCAACUGCAAAUGUUGAUCUCAAAACAGAUGCCUUCAUCCAGGGAACCAUCAGAACAAAAUUUAAGGAGUGCACAGUACUGACAAUAGCUCACAGAUUGAACACAGUCAUGGACUCUGACAGAGUUCUUGUCAUGGAAGCAGGCAUCAUGGUGGAAUUUGACCAUCCACAUAUACUACUGCAGAACAAGGAAGGCCAUUUUUACAAAAUGGUUAAAGAGACAGGGAAAGCCAUGGCUGAGCAACUGCACAAAGCAGCAGAAGAGGUAAGUUGUCAUGCAAAUAAAAUCUUUUUUUAUUGUUCAGAAAUUUUACAGAUAUUGUUUUCAUUGUAAUAUACAGUAUAUUAU